UGUUAAUGACAGCAGCGCAAAUACAGGCUGCUUGAAUUAAUGUUUACACUGCUAAUUUAUGGUGAUAUAGUGGCGGCAAACAGUCAGACCUGGCAAAAAGCCAGGUGUGGAUACGAAUGCCUCGCUGGACGCCAUAUUCGUGAAAGAAGUAGGAGGAGGAAGAGGAGGGGGAGAAAGUGCCGCUUCCGGUGCGGCAGUAUGAUAACACUUGGACUUGCACGCUGCCGAAGGACUUGACGGUUGUGCCUGGACCAGAAAACAAUCUUAAAUUGCUUUAUUGAAAACCGCUACUGUUGACGAAAUGGAUUAAAAGUGUCAGGGAGAAGUUUGCUGAGCUGUUCACGCACUGAUAAGCAAUGGAGGACCAAGUGGAGGAGAAGAGGUGUGGGAAACUGAGGGCCGCCUGCGGUCUGUACAAUUACAAGCUGAGGGAUGUCUUCACAUGGCAUCUGUUGAAGACCUUGGUCAUGGGCCAGGUCUUGUCCCUGUUGAUCUGCGGCACAGCGGUAAGCUGUGAGUACCUGGCCAACGCCGGGGUGGAGACUCCUAUGUUGCAGAGCUUCCUCAACUAUGCCCUGCUGCUGCUUGUCUACACCACCAUCCUCAGCACCCACACAGGGGAUCGUAACAUCCUUCAGGUUUUGAAAACCAAGUGGUGGAGGUAUGUGCUGAUGGGUCUGGCGGAUGUAGAGGCGAACUACACGGUGGUUAAGGCCUACCGCUACACCACGCUCACCAGCAUCCAGCUACUGGACUGCUUCGUCAUCCCAGUCCUGAUGCUCAUGUCCUGGUUCCUCCUGAAGACUCGCUACAAGCUGCUGCACUUUAUCGCUGUCACCGUGUGCCUGCUGGGCGUGGGCUCCAUGGUCGGUGCCGACAUCCUGGCCGGGAGAGACCAAGGAUCCACCAGUGACGUGGUUCUGGGCGACAGCCUGGUCCUGAUCAGUGCCGUCCUCUACGCCGUGUCAAACAUGUGCCAGGAGUUUACAGUGAAGACCCUGAGCCGUGUCGAAUUCUUGGGCAUGAUGGGCUUGUUUGGGACGAUCAUCAGUGGAAUCCAGCUAGUUGCACUUGAAACCAGCGCUGUCAAGGAAAUAAAAUGGAACUUUCACAUUGCCAUGCUAUUUGUGGUGUACAUGCUGUGCAUGUUCGCGCUGUACAGCUUCAUGCCCGUGGUGGUGAAGAGGACGAGCGCCACCGCCGUUAACCUCUCGCUGCUCACCGCCGACCUCUUCAGCCUCUUCUGUGGCAUCUUCCUCUUCCACUACACGUUCUCAACGCUGUACAUCAUGGCCUUUGUCCUCAUCAUGGUGGGUUUCGUAACCUUCAACGCCAUCCCGACGUACAACGCUCAGCCUGAGCCCGACUCCAGGGACCCGUCGGACCAGGAGGCUCAGAGCGCCUCAGAUCGCCUGCUGCCAGCCGACGGUGGCGGCGUCCAGAGAAACGGGGGCCUGAUGGCGGUGGCUGCGCUAUGACCACAGAGGAAGUCUUUCUGUUCUAAGAAAGACAGCUGGAACCGACUGUUCCACAGUACCUUCCAUGGAGUGGAAGGGUGGAAGUCACAGGGACUUUAUUGUUACAAAAACACAGAAAAACUACUAAUUGAUCGUCACAAACGUUACUGCACUCCUUUGUGAUGCUAAUUUGUUACACUAAAGACACCUUUCAUUUUACAUUGUGUGCUGCACGGGUGGACAAAGUGUGGCACGCGGGCCAUAUUUGGUCCUAUAUAUUGUUUAACCUGGCCCGCUUAACAGUCCUAUUAUAUUUUACAUUUUGUUUGGACCUUUUGUUACAAUCCUCGUGAUAAGUUCAAAAAACAAUCAUCGCCUUUGACCCCCAAAGCCCCGGAGAUGGUUUACACUGCUAUUAUUAGCCUCUUUGCUGCCAAGGAACUAAAAGUUCCAGGAACUUAAAACGACCCUGCAAAAUGUCCCAGAAUUCAAUUCCGGCCCUACUUCCUGGUAAAGUUCCUGCCAUGGAAAAUGGGCAAUUGUUUACUGCAUAUUAUUUAUUCAUACUAUGAUGGGGUUUUACCAGGUAAUGUUUUUUGUAUUCAUGGCUUUUUAUAAGAGAACAAUGCCAAAGCUGUCUUUUAAUGUCCAGCAAUUGAAUAGCUGACUUAGCCUCAAUUGUUUUUUUUUUUUUCAUAUAAGUUUCUAUUAUUCUUUAUGUUAUUUUCAAUAUAAUGUUAGACCAACGUUUUUUUUUAAUGGUGAAUUAUGUCAGGUUGUGUUCCACAAAAUCAGUUAAAAAUAAAAUCAUAUGCUGUAUGUUUUGUUUACUGUUUG